CCUGCAGAAAUACGAUUAGUGAAUGGAGUGAGCCGCUGCCAGGGAAGAGUUGAAGUUCUACAUAAUGGAACCUGGGGAACAGUGUGUGAUGACGAUUGGGACAUUGUAGAUGCAAAUGUUGUUUGUCGACAGCUGGGUUGUGGCCAUGCUAUAUCUGUACCAAACCGGCUCCUUUUUGGUCAAGGCACAGGACCAAUUUAUCUAGAUAAUGUGGACUGCAAAGGAAGAGAAACAGCACUAAGCCAAUGCAGAAGCCUUGGAUGGGGAGUUCAUAACUGUUAUCACUACGAGGAUGUCGCUGUCACCUGUAAUGUACCUUUUUGUGUAUUUAUCUUAGGGGAUGGCAGUAUCAGAUUGGUCAGUGGAGCCGACUCCUGUCAAGGAAGAGUAGAAGUCUUUUAUAAGGGAAACUGGGGAACAGUGUGCGAUGAUGACUGGGGAAUGAAGGAUGCAAUGGUUGUCUGUAAACAGAUAAACUGUGGACAAGCCCUGGACUAUAAAAGCAAUGCUUAUUUUGGAUAUGGAACUGGAUUAAUAUUACUGGAUAAUGUGAACUGUGAUGGCUCAGAAACCUAUCUAUCAGCUUGCUACAGUCUCGGCUGGGGAAUUCACAACUGUGGCCAUCAUGAAGAUGCUGGAAUCAUCUGUGCUGCAGGUGGCAGUAUAAGACUGGUAAAUGGAAACAGCAGUUGCCAAGGAAGAGUGGAAGUUCUCUACCAGAACACUUGGGGCACUGUGUGUGAUGAUGACUGGGAUUACAACAAUGCACAGGUGGUUUGCAAGCAGAUGGGCUGUGGUCCAGCCAUUGUAGCUACAACCCUUAGUUAUUUUGGCUAUGGCAGUGGACCUAUACUGCUAGACAACGUAGACUGUGUUGGAACAGAGAAAGAUAUAGUGGACUGCUUUCACUUAGGCUGGGGCCAGCAUAACUGUGGACAUCAUGAAGAUGCUGGGGUUAUAUGUCAAGGUAAAUAUAUUUGUGAAACACAAAGAAGAAUAUCUUACUUAACUGGUGAAGAAAGAAACAUGAUUUGA